AUGGGGGCUUGUGGGUCUAAACCUAAAGUCUCUGGUGAUCUUAAAACGAAGAAGAUUAAUAAUCAUAAUCAUCGUAGGAAAAGAAGAAGGAUUCUUCGAAAAAGGGUUUCUUCUCAUAAAAUCGAAAAUAAUGUUGCUCACUCUAAUUCUGGUUUGCAAACUUCUAAUCGUGCUUCAGAUGCUGCUUGGUUUGAUUCUAUUUCAGCUUUGGAUUCUGAAUGUGAUGAUGAAUUUUACAGUGUCUAUGAUGGAGAAAUUUCUGUGAGUCAUGCUGAUGAUAUUGGACAGGAAAGAAGAUUAACUCCGGAACAUUGUGGGAUUCUGCAAAAUAAUUGUUUGCCUUGCCUUACUUCUUCUACUGCCCCUUCUAUUGAGAAAAAGAAGCCAAUGAGUCCCGAAACAUCGAGUGCGCGAAGAAAGUCGCUUUCUAAACUGUCGUUCAAGUGGAGGGAAGGGUCUUCUGAUAUGGCGUUACUUUCCCCUAAGGCGUUCAAACAAAAACUAGUAGCGGGUUCGACUAUUCCGUUUUGUCCAAUUGAGAAACAACUCCCCGGUACUUGGUCACCGCUUGAGCCAAGUUCCUUCAGAGUCCGAGGAAAAAAUUACUUGAGGGAUAAGAAGAAAGAAUUUGCUCCAAGUGGUGCUGCUUUCUAUCCCCUUGGCGCUGACCUCUUUUUGUCUCCGCGAAAAAUUGAUCACAUUGCUCGAUUUGUACAAAUACCUGCGAUAAAUAUACCCGGGGACAUCCCUUCAAUUCUUAUUGUAAAUAUUCAGAUACCGUUAUAUCCUGCUACAAUCUUCCAAAGUGAAAACGACGGUGAAGGAAUGAAUGUGAUUUUGUACUUCAAGUUAUCUGAAAGAUAUUCUAAAGAUCUUUCAGACCAAUUUCGAGAAAAUAUCACUAAAAUGAUCGAUGAUGAAGUCGAGAGAGUUAAAGGCUUUCCUAUGGAUUCAAUCGCACCGUUCAGAGAUAGAUUAAAAAUUUUAGGUAGAGUGGUGAAUGUGGAAAAUCUUAAUUUAAGCGCGACUGAAAAGAAGCUGAUGAAUGCAUACAAUGAAAAGCCUGUUCUCUCACGUCCUCAACAUGAGUUUUACUUGGGAGAAAACUAUCUUGAAAUAGAUUUGGAUGUGCACAGAUUUAGCUAUAUUGCAAGAAAAGGAUUUGAAGGCUUCAUAGAAAGACUGAAGCUUACUAACCUGGAUUUUGGCCUCACAAUUCAGGGAAACAAGCCAGAAGAUUUGCCAGAGCAUUUAUUAUGUGCAAUUCGGUUGAACAAAAUUGAUCACAGCAGUUUCAACCAGAUUGGUGUUUCAAGUUAA